CCAUGGCUCUGAGGGGACCUCGCCCAGCGCUCCUGCUGCUGCUCGCCCUGCUGGCCGCCUGCCUGGUCCUGGCCAGUGGGCAGCCAUGGAUCGAGCCGAACUUCAUUUUCCAGAGGAAGCAUGUGAACUAUCCAAAGACUCCCACCCCGGACGCCAACGACUACUGUAACAAGAUGAUGCUGCUUCGGGGACUGUAUGGGAAGGCAGUCAACACCUUCAUUCACGAGCCUGUCUCAAAUAUCAACAGAAUCUGCAGGGAUGAUGGGAUACCCAAAAUAGGUGGCCUACGCGAGAGCAAAGAUGAAUUCAGCAUCACUCAGUGCAUAUUUAACCCUGACACACUGUCAAUCUCUUACAUCGGGGUAGUGAAGAAGCUGAAAAUUAUUGUUGGCUGCUGGAAUUUUUACGCUGUGUACUACCUGGAGCAGCUCUAG